AUGGACUCAUUAUACUUUCCUAUCUCUUACGCCAAUAAGUAUGAAUGGAGCCUGCCUAACGAUGUCCGUCGUUUAUUCAUUGAUGGCGUCGACGAGCUCGUGGGUCUCGUACCAGAGCAUUUCGCCGAAGCCAUGACCUGGCAUCGUGACAUCUUCUCUCUCCCACCUCCUGCUUUUGAAGGCUGCUCUCAUCGCAUAAUAAUCAUUCGUACCGAUUUUCUACCAUUCGAGGGCGGCCUCCCUGUUACUAGGACUUGCAGAGAUCCCCUAAAAUGCUGCGAGCUUGCUCUCGAAAGGCUCGCCUUCGACAAUUGCCGAAAAUUUCCCUCGCUGUCCAAAUGGGCAGCCACCGACUUUGAAGAGCGAGAAUACUCGCCAGUGCACAUGUUUACCCACGGCCUACGAGGUAUGCGAAUUCCGACGCCUUUGAGAGGGUUUCUCGGGAUCCUCACGGUUGGGGUACACCUCAACGUUUAUGGCAGGGACCGUACGACCAACGAGUACCGCAUCUGGGUCGCAAAACGUGCCAUUGGUCACAAAUAUAGCUACUCCGGGAUGCUGGACCAGAUCGUUGCCGGAGGCAUGGACAUGGAAGACCGAAUCAAGCAUUGGAUGGCCCCCUUUAAAACACUGACUCGUGAGGCCAAAGAGGAGACGGGCCUCGAAAUCGAGAAACUGGGCCAAAAAGUGUUUGCGCCUGGCACCGAUACAGAGCCAGGGAGAGAAAUUGGCAGGGUUGUCAGAGCUUCGUGGGUCAGUUUUUUCGACAAAAAGGAUCGGAAAGCAGGCAAACACGACGAAGGCCAGCUUGAACCUGGUGUUAGAAUCAUCUAUGACCUCGAACUCAUAAACGACUUUUGCCCACAAGGAAACGAGCCUAGCAUCGAAAAGAUCAUGCCUAUGAAUGUGUCGCAAGUGAAGGAGAGCCUGUUGGAGAAGGGCAAAUGGAAGCCGAACUGCGGGCUUGUGAUGCUGGACUUCUUGGUGCGCCACCGACUUGCUAAUGUGCAAACCGACAUUCAUUUCCCCGAAAUCGUGAGAGACUUGCGCCCAGAUUUGCCCUUUAAAUUUGCCGACCGAUGGAACGAGUGCAGAAUCGGGUGGUAG